AUGGGAAGCAGAACGACUAUUUCUCAUAUUCAUCCACCUACUGAAAUUCACUUUGAGCUAAUACAGAACAGAACAAAUCUCACUGCCAACGCAAUCUUCAUUCUCAUGGGAUUCAGCGAUCACCCAGAGCUUCAGACUCUUCUCUUCCUGGCUUUCCUCACAAUCUUCAUGCUUACUGUGGCUGGCAAUCUCGUCAUCGUUGUGCUUGUUGCCAGCGAUGGGCAUCUCCACACCCCCAUGUAUUUCUUCCUAGGGAAUUUGUCCUGCUUGGAGAUUUGCUACACAUCAACCAUCCUACCCAGAUUGUUCUUCAGUCUGCUGACUGGGGAUAGAACUAUUUCUCUUCAUGGUUGCAUUCUACAAUAUUUCUUCUUUGGUUCUUUAGCAUCUACGGAAUGUUACCUUCUGGCCGUGAUGUCCUACGAUCGAUAUUUAGCUAUAUGCAGACCAUUGCGAUACACAUAUCUUAUGAAUGGCAGGAUUUGUUUCGGGCUUCUUGCCAUCUCUUGGAUGACCGGUGUGUUAAACGUCGGUGUAAUAACAUCACUUUUGUUCAAGCUAUUAUUUUGUGGCCCCAAUGAAAUUGAACAUUUCUUUUGUGACUCAGCCCCUCUGUUCAAACUUUCCUGCAGCAGCACCCACUUAGUGGAACUUGUAACUUUCAUUUUUGCCUCCAUAAACACCUUGCCUCCAUUUCUACUUACCCUGAUCUCAUACCUGUGUAUCAUCAUCAACAUUCUCCAAAUGAAGACCAAGGCUUCCAGGCAGAAGGCCUUCUCCACUUGUUCCUCCCAUCUCAUCGUAGUGACACUUUUUUAUGGGUCUCUGAUUUGUGUCUAUUUACUUCCGGAAACUAAAACUCUGAAGGAGCUUCAUAAAACCUUCUCCCUUUUUUAUACCGUCUUCACUCCCAUGCUCAACCCUCUUAUAUACAGUCUGAGAAACAGAGAGAUCAAGGCUGCCCUUGCUAGAACUGCCACUAAAAUUGUCAAUGUAGCUCAUUGUCAAUGUAACUCAUAA